CUCGGAGCUUUUAUUUCAAAAACAGACACACUUGUGACUCUGAGGAAGAAACGUCCUUCACUAGGCUACAUCUGAAUAACUUUAGCAGCUGCGUUGUCGACUUUUGUAUUUGUUCACAUUCAGUCUGAUUUUGACUUGAAGUUUAAUAAGGAAGUUUUAAGGUUGUGAUUAAAAGUGUAAUCAUGGUCCUGUCGAGCCUGUGUCAAACAGGCUUCACGGUGCUCCGGCAGAUAGAGCCGGUUGUCGUGCUUGAGCAGCUGGGCAGCACUCUCUUCGAAACCGCCCUGCUGAUGGUGGUCAAGGACCGGAGUGUUAACGCCACCUACCCGGAUGCCCACCUGUCCCGGGAGGACAGCCAGCAGAAAGCCAUAACGGACUUCUACAUGGCCUACAACCUCAUCAUCAGGCUGCUGCCGAUCCUCCCUGCGCUGCUCCUGGCCAGGUUAGGCGACCGCGGCUGGAGGAGAGCUCCCAUCGUGGUGCCUAUGAGCGGGUACCUACUGUCCAGGCUCGCCCUGCUCCUGGUGGUCGUCUUUCGGCUCCCCUUGGAGGUGAUGUUCGGCGCGGCGGUUGUCUUCGGGCUGUCCGGCGGCUUCUGCGCCUACUGGCCAGGCGUGAUGACCCUGGCGUCGCUCGGCUCCACUGCGACUGACCGGUCUAAGGUGAUGAUGAAAGUGGAGCUGCUGUAUGGGGCAGCAGGUCUGGUGGGCAGCCUGGUGUCGGGUCAUCUGUUCCUGCUGUACAGCUUCAGUUUGAAACAUGGGAUCGUCCUGCUCACUGUGAGCGCACUGCUGCACCUGCUCUGCCUCAUACACUCCAUAUUCCUGCUGCAGGUGAAACAAGUACCCAACACAGAGCCAGAGGACAAUUGCCACCUCAUUCCUCCCGCCUACAGUGAAGCCCCUGCGGAGGCUCCUCUUGGGAAAGACAUGGUGAAUGUGGUGCUGCUGUUUGCAGCUGCUAUGUUGUACAACUCUGCAGUGGGUGGAGCCAUAGACAUACUGGGCAGUUUUGUGGUGAAAGAGCCACUCAACUGGAGCGCCACUCAGGUGGGUUAUGGGAACGCAGCAGGCUUCAUGAUUUUUCUCACCAGUUUCGUUGGCGUCAUGGUGUUUCGUCGCUGCGUCAGCGACGUGACGCUCAUCCUGAUCGGCAUGCUGUCGUUCGCCUCAGGAAUUUACUUCAUGUCCUUUGUGACAGCCACCUACAUGUUCUACAUCGCUCGCGUACUCAAUCUGUUUGCUCUCAUCCCGAUGCCCACCAUCAGAUCUCUGCUCUCACAGCAGGUUCCAGCAUCCUCAUGUGGCACCAUUCUCACCUCGCUGCAGUUGGCUCUGAAGUUUGCCGGUCUGGCGUACAUCCCAGCCUUUACUAAGAUCUAUCAGAGAACACUGGACUGGUUCCCAGGCUUCGUCUUCACCCUCUCCAGCGUCAUUACAGUACUGGGAAUGAUACCCAUCAGUAUUGUCGGCUGCAGAUCAGCUCAGAAGCGACAGUACAUGAGGAUUCAGGGUAACUGAGGGCAAAGACUUCACCGCCAGCAGUGAGUUAGUGUUGGUACGAGACAGACGGGAAGCAAGACUUGAAAUGGGCAAAAAGGAGAACGGUGCCUUUAAUCUCACUUCCUAUAAUGGUAAACAUUUAGAGACUGCAGGAGAGGAGUUCUGGCAGGCUUUGGCUGUUGCAGGAGGAACAGACAGCAGGAUGGACAAAAAGUUUAGAAUGAUUGGACUUUUGACAGAGAUACGGGCAAAUAGGGCUGGGCGAUAUGGAGAAAAUCAAAUAUCACGAUAUUUUUGACCAAAUACCUCGAUAUCGAUACCGCAACGAUAUUGUAGUGUUGAC